AUGCCACAGUUUCAUAAACUUACACUAUUUGCCGGAGCUGGUAUUGGUGCUUUUGCUGUGUUACUUCUUAUUAUUAGUAUAGCAACACCGGCAUGGGUUGAUGAUGGAAAAGGCAAUACUGUUGGCCUUUUUCGAAAAUGUGUUGCGGCAAAUGCGUCAGCUGAUCUUGGCGAAGGUUGUCAUGGAGAAAAUCGUGUUACUCAAGGCGGUUUGUCUGUUUUUGGUCUUUUACUUCUUAUAUUCGGUAUUUUUGCGACAAUCGCUGCCGCAUUCACAGGAAAUACAUUAAUUUUAUUGGUUUCUUUGGGCUUGAUGUAUUUUUCGUCUAUGUUCGUUAUGUCAGCUUAUGCGACAUGGGGAGUUUAUUCACGUGAUCCUUACUUAUAUUUGUUUCCCAAUGGGGGAUCAUCAUCCCUGCAGUAUACAUCAAUGGGUUAUUCGUAUAACUUAUGUGUUGCUGCACAUUUCUUUCUCUGGACAGCACUUACAUUAGUUGCGUUUGGUGUUGGACAUUUUUGGGGUUCGGAACGAAAUGCUUCAGGUUAA